CAGUCGAUAGCACCAGUUCGAUAUACUGGUUCAGCGCGGAACCGCCCACCUCUAGUCCUUUUCACUUUAGCGAGGCGAAAUUGUCACAUUUACAUUUGACAAAAUUAGUCGCCAACAAGCCCGCAGACAGCAACAACAUCAAGAGUAGCUGCACAGCAACAACAGCAAACAGUCAAGAUGCCCAAGAAUAAAGGUAAAGGAGGCAAGAAUCGUCGUCGUGGUAAGAACGAGAACGAGUUCGAGAAGCGUGAGCUGAUCUUCAAGGAGGACCAGCAGGAGUACGCGCAGGUGACCAAGAUGCUGGGCAACGGUCGUCUGGAGGCAAUGUGCUUUGAUGGCGUCAAACGUCUGUGUCACAUUCGGGGGAAACUUCGCAAGAAGGUGUGGAUUAACCAGGGCGACAUCAUAUUGGUGGGCUUGCGUGACUACCAGGACUCGAAGGCUGAUGUGAUCCUCAAGUACACACCGGACGAGGCCAGGAACCUGAAGACGUAUGGCGAGUUCCCCGAGUCGGUGCGCAUCAACGAGACAGUCACAUUCGUGGAGGAUGGCUUCGACGAGGACAUCGAGUUCGGCGAUGAGAUCAGCUCCGAGGACGACGCCGAUUCCGUGGACAACAUCUGAUUAACAAGAAACAAAGUGGCGCCGGGUGGGACGACGACGAUGGCGGGAGCGUCUGGAACGUCCGUCUCGGCCGCAGCACCAGCAGAAGCGGAGUCAGUUCGAGAAUAGUAGGAAUUUAACCAAUUGUAAAAAGCAGAAAGCCGGUAGCCCCGAGUCCUGUUCGAAGUCAAAGCCACCAUCCAAUCCAAUCCAAUCCCAACAAAUUAUCCGGCAUCCACAAAGCGGCGCAGCGGCAGUUAAAUUGCGAAAACGAACCUAUAGUAUCAUUUCAUUUGUAGCCAUUUUAAUGUUCAAUCCACUCUGAAAUUGUUUUAUGCCGAAAAUCCAAGUGCGUUCCAAAAUUAAAACGGUUUGAUUUAUGGCCGCCUUAAACAACCAAUUAUUAAAUACAAAUAGUAGAACUGUUACACUGUGCAACAAAUCGAACAUUGCGAAACAUAAACUAAUAAUAUUUGAAUUAAAAAUGAAAAAACAAAGAAAAACAAA